AUGAUUAUUCCACCAGGUGAAGCAUUUGUUCAAUUUUCUGAAAAUCAACAUGAAGUUUUGGAAAUUGCUGAAGAAACCAGUUUUGUUGCAAUUAAUGAAGACGUUUUUAUGCUAGAAGAUUCACCACCGCCUAUUCGUAAAGAGUUCCCAGUGACCUGGCUGUUUACAUUACAAGCUGUUGACUCUACUGGCCAACUCGACACCUUGGUCAUUGCUCCAGACACCAUCACUCAGUAUGUGACCGAUGCCUUCUGUACGAGUUCCGUUGGCCUCGGAUUCUCCCCAGAAACUACCCUCAAUGUCUUUAAGCCAUUCUAUGUGGAUGUGAUUCUUCCUUACUCCAUUAAACGGGGGGAGUCCUUUGUUCUAAAGGCAAUUGUCUUUAAUCAUAUGAGGCAGUGUAUGAAGGUCCAUUUAAGCCUGUUCCAGUCUGUGGACUAUGUCACUGAGUCAUGUACAACUUGUUCCUAUACCUCCUGUCUGUGUACUGACCCAUCCGCUACGUUCACUUGGAUUAUUAUACCCCAAAUCAUUGGAACCAUAGAUAUUCUGGUUUCGGGUGAGGCUUUGGACACCAAUGAUCUGUGUGAUGGGCAGAAACCAAUAGUUCCCCUAAAGGGUAAAUCAGACACAGUGCUGAAACGUCUGAAAGUUGAGCCAGAAGGUGUGAGAGUUGAGAGGACACGCAGCUCUCUUUUGUGCGCAUUUGAAUCUGAGGUGACAUCCUUGCAGAUUCUGGAACACACAGUUGAAGGAUCACAAAAUGCUACAAUCACUGUAAUCGGUGAUGUAAUGGGAACACCGUUGGCUUACAUUGGGAAUCUCCUUAAGAUGCCCUAUGGAUGUGGGGAACAGAUCAUGAUCAACUUUUCCCCCAACAUUGCCAUCAUGAAUUACAUGGGUUUGACUGGCCAGCUGACUGAGGAGAUUACAUACAAAGCUACAGAGUUUUUAAACAAUGGAUAUCAGAGGGAGCUGACCUUUAAGAGACAAGACAGCUCUUACAGCGCUUUUGGUAACUCUGACCCAUCGGGAAAUACAUGGUUAACGGCAUUUGUGGCUGUGAGCUUUUUCCACGCUUCUAAAUUUAUCCCCAUAGAACAUAAGCAUAUCAGUGAUGCUCUUGAUUGGCUUCAGGCAUUGCAGCAGGAGGACGGAUGCUUCCAGAAUGUGGGGAAAUUGUUUCACAAUGAUCUCCAGGGUGGCGUGAACAAUGAAGUUUCCCUGACAGCAUACGUUGCGGCAGCAUUUCUGCAAAUAGCAGAUUCAAAAUAUAAUCCAGUGAUACAGAAAUCUAUGCAUUGUCUAGAGAAAUCCUUGGCACCAGAGAGCAGCAUUUACACCAAGGCAUUAAGUGCUUUCGCCUACGGUCUGGCCAACAAUGAACCGAAGAGACAAGAAUUGCUGGAGCAGCUCGAGAGUGUGGCCACGACAUCUGGAAAUGGAAAAUACUGGAGUGAGAAUCCAUCAAUAGCAGAUGAUACUAUAAUCUGGUCCAACCCACAUUCUGCAGAAGUGGAGACAAGCUCCUACGUACUAAUGGCAAAGUUAACAAACCCAAAUCCUUCCACUACUGAACUUGCAUCAGCCCUCCCUGUUGUCCGUUGGUUGACUUCUCAACAAAAUGCUAAUGGGGGUUUUUUCAGCACUCAGGACACAAUUGUUGCUCUCCAAAGUCUCUCAAAAUAUGGGAUUUUGACAUAUACUCCAAACAGCAGUCCCAUUGUCACUGUCACCAACACUUAUGGCUUCAGUCAUCAUUUCCUGGUGGUCUCCACAAACCGACUCCUCCUACAGCAAAAAGAUCUGCCAGACAUCCCUGGGGAAUACACCGUUUCUGUUUCAGGAAGUGGUUGUGUCAAUGUGCAGCUCAUUCUCAGGUACAAUAUUCCUGAACCAAGGACAGAUGGGACAUUUUCUCUUAGCGUGCAAACCACAGCAAUCCAUUGUCCCCCACACCCACUCCCAAGUUUUACCAUAACCUUCACUGUCAGUGCACGUGCAGAAGGUGACACAGCAGGUUGCAAAUUGCUGUCUUAA